AUGGAAGACGCCGAUCACAAGAUGUAUGCACCGUAUGUGUACAGAGGCCGUGAUGGCCUUCUGCGCGACGGCCAAGGCCGGCAAGGCCGCGAAGCAAAUCUGCUUAGCGAAUUCUCACGGGACAAAUUGCUCUGGCUCUUUCGUACUGAUCAGGAAGGAUCCCACCGAUAUAAGAUUCACACUAUUGUUGAUAUUCCCUCCUAUGAACCCUCGGUUCGCGAUGCUGCUGCCAACUGCCUGUCUGAUAUCCCAACAUAUCAUUGGAUCGAUAUCUGUAAUAAAUCAGUACCGGUCUAUAUUCUGCCAGGGAAAAGAUGGUUACUACUCCGCGUUGUACUUCACAAUUAUAUUUACCGACGGUGGUUCCGCCCAUAUCGAAGCGAAAUCGAUUCUAUGCACUUUAUCUGCAAGUUCGUGAUCCCACAGGACCUGCCUGAUAAUAAAAAAGUUUCUCUAUCGACUGUGGAUACUAUUAUCGCCUUAAGCAAAGCUAUUAUUGCCAAAUUUGAAUCACAGCGCAUUAUCGAAGUUGAAACGCGCGCCGUGACUCCAAACUGGUGCAGCAUUUCCUGGAGCAGUCCAAAAAACCUAAAUCCUUACAUCCUCCAACCAUUAUUCCGAGCGUUAGUUAUUAUUGUCUCUCAUGAGAAAUACAACAAAGAACCCUCCACGGCACUUGGAGAUCUUCCUGUCUAUUUAGCUCAAACAGGUAUGGAAGAAGAACUCAGCGCACCUAUUUCGUUUGAGCCUCUCGCAGGCAAGAUUAUCUGUCAUAUCGAACCUGGACGUGUUAUUCAAGUCACUCUAGAGACAGCCAUUAAUUUUGUCAUCGGGCUAGAGGCCAGAGAGGCCGCUGCGUUUGGACUUCGACCUGAUCCGGCAACCAAUUGGAAACCGGACGAAGACAUGCUUGAGGCUUGGCGGUCGAUAGGAGAGACUGAGCCGCUAGUCGGGCCAAACUCUCAAUGGGUAGACGACAAGAUAUAUCCGGAGUGGUCAGGGAGGGGGAAGUGGAACGAGGCUUCGCUCAUGCCCCGGUAUGAAAAGACGGCGUUUUGGAUGGAGGGUCAUAGAGAAGCCAUAGAAGAGAGGUACAAAGAAGCGCAGCGAGCAGCAGCAGACGCGGCUCGUGCAUCUGCUGCUGGUAGCCACGGCCAAUAA